ACAAUCAACUGAAAUGUUGUUAUUAAAAUUAUCUAAUUGAACUUUUUAUUUCCUUAUUAUUUUUAUUUUCCGUUUUAUUAAAUAAUGAAGCAUAAUUUUUCGAUUACAUAAAUUAUAAAAUUAGGUGUCCUAUAUUAUCUACUAGCAAUAUUUGGGUGUUAACAACAGUUUUCAUUAUUAGUUUUACUGUGCAUAUCUUAUUUUUUUGAUAAGCUUGUAGAAUGUAAAACGUAAUUUGAAAAACAAAACGUGCCUAGGCAAGCAGAUUUUUAUCAGCUCUAAAAAUGCAUUAAUAAUCGUAGUUCACACCAUAGUUCAUAAAUAGGGUAAAUUUUGCUGUGAUCUGUGAUGUCAGUUACUUCCCAUAAUGGUUAUGAACCAAUCGACAAUACAUCUCAAGACAUAUAUAAUGAAGAGACACAAGAAGUAUUUUGCCAUAUUAAAGCAUUUAAAAAAACUAAGAUAAGACUCAUAUUUUUUCAUAUAUUUAGUCUAAUAUUAUGUGGUAUACCCUAUUUGAUUUUUAAGGCUUAUCCAAGUGUGAAAAGCAGAGUUAAGUAUAAAAAAUGUUGUAUAGAACAUGCAGAUAUUUUUUUAGUGAGAGAUAAUCAUAAUAAUCACAGUUUACACAGGGUGUUUUCUGUAAAUAUUAAUUUAGACCAGCUAGGAAUAACAGGUGAACAGAAGUAUUUUUUCCAUCAGCAUACAAAAUAUGUUUGGAUCUCUGAAAGGCAAUCAUUUAGUACAUAUGAUCAGUUAAUAUGGAAGAAUAUAACGUGUAAUGAUUUAUGUACUAAUAGAAGUGGAUUGACCGAACAACAUUAUAAUGAAUUGUUUACUUUAUUUGGACCAAAUUCUAUAGAAAUCGAAGUGAAAUCUUAUUGGAGAUUAUUCAUAGAGGAAAUAUUGAACCCUUUUUAUUUUUUUCAGGCAUUCUCUAUUAUUUUAUGGUGCAUCGAUGAUUACUUUAUAUAUGCAGGUUGUGUAAUCUUCUUAACAUUUUUUUCUAUCGUAACAUCCCUUUUACAGACUCAGAAACAAAGUCAGAAUUUACAUGAUAUAGUUGAAUCAUCUAAAUGUCAUGAGGUGGCUGUUCUGAGGGAGUUUGGAAAUGAGACAUGUUUGAAAAUAGAGCCUGAUGAUGUAGUACCAGGGGACAUUAUUGUUUUACCUGCUGGAGAUUAUGUAAUGCCUUGUGAUGCCGUUUUAAUUACUGGCCAGUGCAUUGUAAAUGAAAGUGUACUAACAGGCGAGAGUGUUCCAGUGACAAAGUCAGCUUUACCACCUGAUUCAGAUGAAUUUAACAUCAACAUACACAAAAGACAUGUAUUAUUUUCUGGCACUCACGUGCUCCAAACCAGAUAUUACGGAGGUGAAAACGUCUUGGCCAAAGUAGUUCGUACGGGAUUUGAUACCACCAAAGGGCAUCUGGUUAAAAGCAUACUGUAUCCCGCCCCGAUCAACCUUCAGUUUUACGCUGACGCCCUCAAAUUUGUCUACUUGCUCUUUACCAUCGCCGUGAGCGGAAUGGCUUACUGCCUGUAUCUCUACCUCCAACGCCACGCAACUGUAGUAGAAAUAGCCGUAAGAGUUCUGGAUAUCAUCACCAUAGUCGUUCCACCGGCCCUACCCGCCGCCAUGACAGUCGGAACAGUCUACAGUCAAACGCGUCUGAAGAAACUGAAGAUCUUUUGCAUCAGUCCGCCCAGGAUUAACGUGUGCGGUAAGAUCAAGCUGGCCUGUUUUGAUAAAACGGGAACUUUGACUCACGACGGACUAGACAUGCACUCUGUGAUGCCCUGUGCUGAAUCGAAAUUUGGAGAACCAGUUAAUAAUGUAGGACAUUUGGGGAAUAGCUAUGACGUUUUGGUGAGAGGUAUGGCAACGUGUCAUUCUCUUACAAGAAUAGGUGGGAGUUUGACAGGGGAUCCCUUGGAUCUCAACAUGUUCGAAUUUACAAAGUGGAAUUUGGAAGAACCUGGGAAUGAUGAAAAUGCACGUUUUGACAUGUUAGCCCCAACAGUCGUUAGUGCGCCAAGGUCUGAAACGGGUGGUAAAUUAAAGUUGACUCACGAGGACAAUAAUGUUAAUAGGGACGAGUGUACCUAUGAGGUUGGUAUAAUUAAAGAAUUCCCAUUUUCUUCCACCGCUCAAUGUAUGUCAGUUAUCUGUAAAGACCUAGAGUGUCCAACCAUGUUUGCUUACACUAAAGGAGCGCCUGAAAAACUAGCAUCACUUUGCAAGUCGUCAACUCUGCCAUCGAAUUUUCAAGAAAAACUUAGUUAUUACACUGCCAACGGUUUCAGAGUGAUUGCCGUAGCGUUUAAGAAUCUACCGAAAAGUUUCAAAUGGAGAGAGGCUCAAAAAGUUAAAAGAAAUCAGAUUGAGUGCGAUUUGGAAUUUUUGGGACUUCUUAUUAUGCAAAACCCUUUAAAAGAUGAAACUGAACCUGUCAUACAAGACCUACACCGAGCUCAUAUACCGACUGUAAUGAUUACAGGUGAUAAUAUAAUGACUGCUAUUUCUGUAGCUAGAGACUGUGGCAUGGUAGGCGCGUCGGACGAUAUAUACAUUGUUUCUGUCAUUGACGAUUUAGAUAAUGAACCACCCAAGUUAAGUCUCCAGAAAGCUGGCAGUGGUUCUUCUAGAGACUACACUAUUAUUGACUUUAAUCAUUCUAGUUUUUACUGUGCCAUAGAUGGUAAAACAUGGAUAAAGUUAAAGAGUCACUUUCAAGACCUUUUACCAGGUUUUCUAGUAAGAACUAAAGUAUUUGCUAGGUUUCAGCCUGAUCAGAAGACGCAAGUAGUGACUGCUUUACAGGAAUUAGAUUAUGUAGUAGCUAUGGUGGGGGAUGGUGCCAACGAUUGUGGGGCUCUUAAAGCUGCUCACGUAGGUGUAUCGCUAUCGCCGGAAGAAGCUAGCGUAGCCGCUCCAUUUACCUCAGGUAUACCAAAUAUUUCGUGCCUUACAAGACUGAUCUCAGAAGGAAGGUGUUCACUAGUAACUAGUUUUGCUCUGUUUAAAUACAUGGCUCUCUACAGUUUGAUUCAGUUUUUUACUGUGUUAAUUUUAUAUAAGUGCCAUUCCAUUCUUGGUGAUUUCCAGUUCCUCUAUAUUGAUUUGAUUAUAACGACGUUUUUAGCAAUUUCUAUGGGAAGGCAAGGUCCAUUAGAUGUGUUAUGCCCAAAACGGCCAAUGUCAUCACUCGUAUCGUCAAAGAACAUGUUUCCACUAUUGCUGCAAAUUUUUGUUUGCGCCUUGAUCCAAUUGGGCGCUCUUUACUUUCUGUACCGUCAGAAAUGGUUUGAACCAAUACCGCCGGAUAGUAAAGGCGAAAUCAUCGUGUCUUGGGAAAAUACAGUGUUGUUUACUGUUUCCUGCUAUCAGUAUAUUGUUUUGGCAUGGCAUUUUUCCAAAGGGAAACCGUACAGAAAAAGCGUGUUCACUAAUUUUUGGUUUAUAAUUACGGUUGCAUUCUUGACCGUUUUUACUACCUGGUUAAUGAUCAAUCCCUGUAAAGAAGUAGCGUAUUUCAUGGACUUGAUGUAUCUACCACUCAAGGCGAAAGACCAACGACUAUUUCGUUGUUUGUUGUUGGUAUUUCCUAUAGCUCACUUCAUCAUAGCUGGAUUCAUUGAGAGAUUAAUUGAUGACCGGUCUUGGUUGAAAAAAUUGUGCCAAAUAAUUCGAUGUAAAAAAAAGCCAAAGAAUAAAUACAAAGUGUUAUUACAGGAUCAGUAUUUUCCGCAUUUAAUCCAAUCACUGCUGUGCUCUUCCGCUCAACCUAGUGUUCAACCUUAGUGUUUAUAAGCAUACAAUAUAUUCUAUUUUUAUACUA